UGCAAGAAAGGACAGCCACAUCGUCAGAGUGUUAAAGAAGAAAGAGAAAGGCGUUUGGAAAUCUAAACCUAAGCAUCAAGCCUAAGACUGGAAAAAACUGGGUGCAGAAAAGUUGACUGAAUUUGUUGUUUUUUUCUUUUGUUUUCUGGAGAUAUAAGAAAGGAAUCUACAGAAGGAGUGGAGCUGAUAAUUGUGGGGGUGGUAGAGGGGGGGAGUUUGUAGAAUUUUGUGUAAAAAGUUUCUUGAAGGAAAUCAUGCAAGCAGAUGCUGCCAGAGCUGGAGUUGGGUUUCAGAAAAUGAGGGCCAAUAGCAGAACCACUGCCACAGGGGCCAUCCAGCUGGGAAAGUGAGAGCAUCUUAAGAAAAGCACUGGCCAGACCUGCCCCAAAAGGAUGCGGUAGUAAUAAAAUGGGGAUCUUGGAGACACAGGGUAAAUAAUGGCAUCUGCAGGAAAUGCAAGGCCACCGUGAGCUGUUCUGUCAAGUUAAAAAAAGCAGCAAAGGUGUGUAGUGACAAUGCCAGUUGCUAACACGAUGACUGCCGGUAGGGCGGUGCUGGUGAGCAGGAACUUUGAAAAUUGUAAUUCCCAAUCGAUCGACAGACUUCAAUUUUGUGGAGUGAAGAGAGGGGAGAUUUUGGCUGCAAUUGUUUUGGACUCAGGCCUCCAGUUGGAAGGGGAGACCAAGACCCCGCUGACCUCCUUGGAUAAUCCAACUGACGCACAGGGACACACCACCAUGUUGACCCAAAAGCAUACAGGCGCAGACCAUCAAGCCAGCGAAAACAGGCUGACUGGCAGCAACAAGUUUGCAAAAAAAUUGCCUGCUAACAAUAAGCUGGGCCUCAAGAGCAAGGCCAGUAUACAAGACAAGAUCUCACAGUGGGAGGGCAAAAAGGAGGUCCCAUGCCCACUUCUGACCAGAAAAGAGACAGAAAUGGCAAAGAAAGAGGAGAUGAAGACCUCAGAGGUCCGGAGGGGAAAUAGCAAAAGAUUUGUGGGCUGCGAGAAGGAGGACCUGGGGAAGGAGAAUUCAGGAAAGACCAGGGAUUUGAGGUCUAAAAUCCCACAGGCACCUGUGAAUAGGGAGGGUAAAUUAGAAAAGGGGAUUAGCGAGAAGCCGUGUGCGAAUGUCCUGGACAAUAAGUCUGUUCUGACUCACAUCAAGAAGCUGGAGCAGGCCUUAAAGGAAGGACCCAACCAGCCUCAGUUGGUGAUGCCAGGCAAUUACUUCUGUCCUCCUGCCAAGGAAGAAGAAGCGAAGGGGAGGGAGAGGAGGCCAACAGAGCCCAUUUUUGGGACGCUGGAGGUGUUGAGGCCUGGCAGCAGGACGAGUGAUCAGGAAAAUGUCUACACUGAGCCAGGCACCCCCUCCAUCAACCCUCUCCCCAAGCCUCAGCGCACUUUUCAGCAUGACGGGCCGGGGUCUCCCUCCAGCACAGCACCGGGGCUAGGGAGGGGGAGGAGGAACUUACCACCACUGCCUUCUAUCCCUCCACCACCCCUCCCCACCUGUCCUCCCCCCAGCAUCAGCAGGAGAGCCUGGGCAGACAAACAUAGAAACAAUGCUAACAGGAAGUCGUAUGAGUUUGAGGAUGUUCUUCAAUCUUCGACAGAAGGCUGCCAGGUUAAUGCCCAGUCCAAACUAUCUCUUACACGCACUUUAUCAGAAGAGAAUGUCUAUGAAGACAUCCUAGACCCCCCUUCAAAGGAAAACCCCUAUGAAGAUAUUGAGACAGAGAGCCGCUGUGUGGGGAAUAAGUAUAUUUUGACCCGCUCACCGCCUUUAUCUGCCCCAGGGACACCCACUAAGCUCCCCUCCAAGCCGGGAUUCUUCCGCCAGAACUCAGAACGAUGCAGCUUCAAGCUGCUUGACCUGCGGAAGACAAACCGCGAGGGUGCGUGUUCCCCCUCCAGAGUCAGCCCCCCCUCCACCCCCAGCAGCCCUGACGACACCCCCUGCCUUUCAGGAGACCCCAACAACCGCCGCCGCAGGAAGAUCCCUAAGCUGGUGUUGAAGAUCAAUGGUAUUUACGAAGCCCGCCGGGGGAAGAAGCGCAUGAAGAGGGUGUCGCAGUCCACAGAGUCCAGCUCUGGCAAAGUUACAGAUGAGAACAGUGAGUCUGAGAGCGACACAGAAGAGAAGCUGAAAGCUCAUAGCCAGCGGCUGGUGCACGUGCAGUCCAUGCUGAAGCAGACAGGCCGCUACCGCACCCAGGAGAGGGACCUGCUAGACCUGCUGAACCUGCAGGAGCGCAAGCUGUUCGAGUAUUUCCUGGUGGUGGCGCUGCAGAAGAAGCAGGCAGGGGUGCCGUAUCUCCCUGAGGUCACGCAGCAGUUCCCACUCAAGCUGGAGCAAGGCUUCAAGUUUAUGCGUGAGACGGAGGACCAGCUGAAGGUGAUCCCCCAGUUCUGUUUCCCUGAUGCUGGAGACUGGGUGCCAGUGCAGAAUUUUGCCAGUGAAACCUUCUCGUUCGUUCUGACUGGAGAGGAUGGGAGCAGGAGAUUUGGAUACUGUCGACGUUUACUGCCCAGUGGAAAGGGAAGGCGACUGCCAGAGGUGUACUGUAUUGUGAGCCGGUUGGGGUGCUUUGACCUGUUUUCAAAGAUCCUGGAUGAGGUGGAGAAGAGGAGGGCAAUCUCCCCGGCUCUUGUCCAGCCCUUCAUGAGAAGCAUUAUGGAGGCGCCGUUCCCUGCCCCCGGCAGGACCAUCACCGUCAAAAACUUCCUCCCAGGCUCAGGGACUGAGGUGAUCAUGCUGUGCCGGCCAUUGGACUCACGGCUGGAGCAUGUGGAUUUCGAGUGUUUGUUCUCUUCACUGAACGUGCGGCUGCUGGUUCGAGUGUUCGCCUCUCUGCUGCUGGAGAGGAGGGUGAUUUUCACUGCUGACAAGCUGAGCACGCUGUCUCAGUGCUGCCAUGCCGUGGUUGCCCUGCUGUACCCCUUUGAUUGGCAGCACACCUACAUCCCGGUGCUGCCCCCCUCCAUGAUCGACAUUGUCUGCACCCCCACUCCCUUCAUCGUGGGCCUCCUGUCCAGCUCCCUGCCCCAGCUGAAAGAGCUCCCUAUCGAAGAGGUCCUGGUGGUUGACCUUUGUAACAAUCGGUUCCUGAGACAGAUGGACGACGAGGACUCGAUCUUGCCCCAUAAACUGCAAGCAGCCCUAGAACAAGUACUAGAGAAGAGGAAGGAGCUAUCGUGCGAGAAAGGAGAGCCUUCCUUGAAUGACUCAAGCUGUUUGAGUGUGGUGGUGUCAGAGGCCACUGUGCGCUUCUUUGUGGAGAUGGUGGGGCACUACUCGCUGUUCCUAGGCCCGGGGGAGCGUGAAGACGAGGGGGUCGUAUUCCACCGCGAUGCCUUCCGCAAGGCCAUCUCCUCCAAAAGCCUGCGCCGCUUCUUGGAGGUCUUCAUGGAGACUCAGAUGUUCGCCGGCUUCAUCCACGACCAGGAUCUGCGGCGGCAGGGGCUCAGGGGUCUGUUUGAAGUACGAGCCCAGGAUUACCUGGACUCCCUUCCAGGCAGCGAGCAGAGUGGAGUCAAUAAAUUCCUCAAAGGCUUAGGUAACAAAAUGAAGUUCCUUUCCAAAAAAUGAAAGAAAGAAUCAGCAAUCACCAACAUUACCUAGAACAAUGAAACCUCCCAUACUCAGAGGAAAAGCUUUUUGUUUAUUUCCUAGGUAGAAUACAAUAAAUGAGAAUAAUCACAUGAUGGAAUGUAGCUUCACCUCAGACUGAAUUCUAUUCAGAAACUUAAAUGUUAAAAUACUGAGCAGUGAAAAGCUGGAGGAUACCACUUUCUGGUUUGUGAGGGACUCCUAUAACUGCUGAGCAAAACUUAAACAAGAGUUCUGCACAGUCAUCCCGUGGUUUGAGGGUCACACAUGCUGUUCCCGUGACUCAGUACUGCAUUUCACUGAACGCUGUCUGUUCAGCUGGGGUUUGUGAUGCCACUACAUUUCAAGAACCUGCACUGAGUCUCCAGACCUGCCUACAUUCCCCAACAGGAGACCCGAUAUAUAUCUGGACCUUCUGGAACAGAAUACAAACAUAAUCAAAAGACAGUGACUUGGGAACCAAAAGGAAACAGUUAUUUUUAACCAAAAGGGGAUCUUGCAGAAUGACUGGUCCUUAAGUGGCUAAUACAUGGAAUUGGUUCUCUUAAAACAAGAGGCUUGUAAUUCUUGUUUUUAUUUGUUGGCACAUAUGUAUUUGUGUCUAAUAGUUUGCAUUUGUCUAUAUUUUCCCUCCAUUUUUUUUUUUUUUACUGCUUUUAUUUGUAAGGGUUAAAUGCACAUUUUGAUAGGUUGACCACUUUAAAGCACUACAGACCUGUACCAUUACACAGGAAGGGGGUGUUUGUUUUAGAAUGUACUAUAAAGACAAAGAAGGACAGUUGUGGCACAUUUUUUGUUUUGUUUGGAAUGUGGAUUUUGUCAAGACUGAUCUGUGGAAUAUUUCAGAAUAUUGAAGGCUGUAACAUUUGGACUACUGGCAUGUGAUUUUGAAAGCCUGGGAGAAGAUUUAGGAACUGUGAAUCAAUCCAAUUCAGAACAUUUAAUGAAGGGUGAAUAAACUGGACAAUUCCAUUUUGGAAUGGCAACUCCAAAGAACUAUUUUAGUUUUGUAAAACCAAGUGCAAAGUAGAGAGUUUUAUUAAAGCACCAUUAGAUUUGCAUUUGAAGCAAAAAAAAAAAAAAAAAAAAAAUCUGUAUUAAAUAAGCUUUUUUUUUUUUUUAAAGAAAAUAGCAAUUGAAAAUACAAAAUGUGUUUCCUGAUUUUUAUUACUAUCCCUGUGUAAAAUUCAAAAAUCAUUUAGUUGUUUCUUUUUAAUAUUUAAAACUGUGUUGUUUCGACUGCACAUACUCAUGCUCCUGUGACAAGUUGACUUGUUCCUCCGAUGGCUAAGUGUAAAGAACACCGGUUAGAGACAGUUGGUGAAGGGUUAGCUUUAAAACUAGGAUGUUUGGUGACUACUGGAGUUGACAAGGAUAGUGCAUAUGACAUAAUCUAUUUAGAUUUUCAAAAAGCAUUUGACAAAGUAAUGCACGAAAGACUAUACACUAGGAAUAAAUGGUAAAGUAGCAGCUUGGAUUCAUAGCUGGCUACAAUAUAGAAAGCAGAGAGUUAUAAUUCGAGGCCAGGCAUCAAACUGGAGUAAUGUAACAAAUGAGGUACCACAGGGAUCAGUGUUGGGACCAUUCUUAUUCCUAAUCUGUAUAAAUGAAUGGGACCUAGACAUAAUCUGUAAACUAUGCAAAUAUGCAAACAACACAAAACUGAGACUGGUAGCCAGCUCCCAAUCAGCAACUUUAUUAAUACAAAGAGAUUUAGACAAG